AUGACAGAAUUUCAUUUAAUGUCUGUCUAUUUAUCUAUCUAUCUCAUAUCUAUCUAUCUAUCUAUCUAUCUAUUACAGUCUUUUCAUAUCUAUCACAGUCGUUUCAUAUCUAUCUUUCUAUCUCUCUUUUUAUAUCUAUCUACCAAAAUCACCCUUUUCCUCAUUCCUAAUAUCAAAUACCACUAUCUAUCUAUCUAUCUAUCUAUCUAUCUAUCUAUCUAUCUAUCUAUCUAUCUAUCUCAGGCUGUUCAUAUCUAUCUAUCUAUCUAUCUAUUUCAGUGCUUAAUAUCUGCCUCAUUUGGUAUAUAUUCCUUUCUUCCUAGCUUCUCUUUUUUCUUUCUGGAUUUCUUGUUUUUUUCUUUCUUUUUUUUCUUGAUUUCUUUCUUUCUUUUUUUCUUGAUUUCUCUCUUUCUUUUUCUUUUCUUUUUCCUUUGUUUCUUUUUCUUUCAUUAUUGCUUUCGUUUUCUUUCUUUCAUGUCUUUUUCUUUCUUCUUUUUCCUUUCUUUCCUUUGUCUUUCUUUUUUUUCUUUCUAUCUUUUUUCUUUUUUUCUUUCUUCUUGA